UUUUCAAAGUUCACCAAUUUCCAUGUGACGUGCCUGGCCCGCACGUGCAAACGAGUUGGCGCGCGGGACCUUGAUUGCGACCUCACAAAGCAACGACCAAACCAAGAAAUCAAAGAACGCGACUUUGCGAGACAAAAUUGUCAGGUAUUCAUCAGGCGGAGGAAGGCGCGUCCUGUACAACAUCGCGGGUCCAUCACGCUUUAGCGCCCAUUGAAUCGGCUUCAACAGCAUCUCAUCACUUUACAAACAUCCCCAACCACCGAUCGAUCUAAUCAAGAUGUCGCCUUGAUCUGCUGAUUCAAAGGUGCUGACGUGUUUCGCACUGCGCUAAUUAGGUGCUUAUCCUAGAUAACGAUGGAUUGCCCUUUUCUCUGCGGCUUUCACACCCCUAAUGGUGAUGAAGCAGAAUACCAAAUAACGGCCCACAUUGAACUGCAACAUACCCUAGACUCAGAAUUCACCGUCGAAGAUCAGGAUCUGAACUUUGCUCUCGUAUUGCAAAGACAGGAAGAGCAAGUGCUUGCCAACACCAGAAAUCGUAGCACUUCGAUCAACUUCAAUGCCGAGCAGUCUCAAACUGGAAAGAAGACGACCGCCGAUUCUGCAGAUGAUGAGUUUCCUUACGCCGAAUGUGCUGAGUGCGAAGACUUUGUCCACGUUGUCGAGUUCAACGAGCACAUGAAUGCACAUUCAUCUCUGAAUUCUUCAUCUGACGCCGCACCUGGCACAUCGACCGGACCCGAGUACAAUCAUGGCUCGAUAGGACAGCCAUUGGUCCAAGGCUCAACCAAGAUUUCUCGCCAUGUUGACCAAGGGCCCCGAUCUCCAGAUAAGAGGGCUGCUAGGUCGUCAGUAGAGGAAACACCAAGAGGAAGAAGGCUUGGUAAACGAGAGCUCGGACCUUAUGCUUUUGAGAAGAGGAUGCCCGAGUACAUGCUCAAACGACUUCGAAUCGGCGAACCAGUGCGUAGAGCGAAUCGAAUUGGCAGAAAAGGCCAGCUUUGUGUAGAGCGCAUCGUCGACAAUGAGGUUCCUGGACUUAUUCCAGUUAUCGCACGCCUUUGCGAGACCUCUGCCGGCCUGAGACGGGCCUAUCUCUGCCACCCUAGCGUUCAACAUGUGUUCAAAGCACCCAAGCAGACCCACUUUUGCGGUUAUCGAAACAUACAAAUGCUUGUGUCGUACAUGCAAGCUGUGCAAGCAACAAAUCACGAUUGUUUUGGAAAGCAGAUUCCUGGUGUUCUUCGGCUCCAAGAGAUGAUCGAGGAGGCCUGGGACACCAGUGCGUGUAGUCUUGCCAGACAGGAGACCGGAGGCAUUCUUAACACCAGAAAGUGGAUCGGCACCCCUGAGGUUGCAUCAAUCUGCGAGCAUCUGAACAUCCCACAUUCAGUGCACGCCUUCUCUCACACAAGAAGCAAAAGAGCCCACGAGCAACUCCUCGACUUUGCAGAAACAUACUUUCUUCCUGGCGCAACCGAAGAACGAAGCAAAGUACAGAAGACCUGUCGUGCACCGAUCUACUUCCAACAGCCAGGCCACUCUAUGACGGUAGUAGGCUUUGAGCGCUCCAAUAAUGGUUCUCGCAGCCUGCUGGUCUUCGACCCAUCCUUUGGACCAUCAAAUCAAUUGAGAGACUUGCUCACGAAAUCGCUGAACGCGGUCAUUGCAGAAUCGGUGGCUAGUCGGCUGCUCAGUAACUACAGACGUAGCACUACCCAGCUGGCGAAGUACGACGAGUUUGAAGUCCUUACGUAAGGCAAUUUCGAAGCACGGCAUAAUGAUGUAUACUGAUCAUCGCCGUGCAGACUGGACGCAGCAACGUGAACGAUCACACUGGAGCUCGUUUUCCAACUGGCAAAGAACCUUUUUCGAGAAGCUCAAGGAUUCAUGAACUGCUCGUCACGUGGGCUGCUCGGACGACGGCUGUU